GGCGCAGUUUAACGCUUCCCUCUGAGAAACUGUGUAAAUACUGUGUUGCCAGGUUGGACAGAAAUCCACGUCUUAGAUGAAACGCGCCCACAGUUUGUAUCUGCGGACGAGCAGAAGGAUUAGGAGGAUAGAAGGAGCCGGAUCUGGAUUCCGUGAAGCGCACAGGCGUCAGCUGGAACGGAUCCGGAGCGACUGUGCUGGAGAAGGAAGUCUGGGAAAUCAGUGGAUCUUCAUGUUGCUAGAUGGGCGGCGGCUCAUGACGAUGGUUUGACGUACAUUACGUGAUUUUUUCUCUUCUGCCUGGAAGCUGUGGAUUUGUGGACCGAGUCCGGGCGCUUCCUCCUCACUGCCAGCGUUGACGGCUGGUCGCUGGGAGUGAAUCAUCGCUUUCCUCAGCGGGGGGUUCAGGGACGCUGUCAUGCGUCUGCGCCCUUAACGCGUCGCCCACGAACCCACGUCUCGGCGCCGAGCGUCCGCUCUGUGACACCGCAUAGAAGCGUGGUCGUUCUGGAGCCAGAAUGGAGGAAAUCCUGCGCAAGCUGCAGAAAGACGCGUCGGGGCACCGGAAUAAAGGACUCCGCGAUGCCUGCGUCUACGCCUGCGAAACCCUCGAGUCUCAGAACGGAUCCACCGCGCUUUCUCCUUCACAGCUGCGAGAGCGCUGCCUGCUGCCUCUUCAGAUGGCUCUGGAGUCUAAAAACAUCAAACUGGGACAGACUGCUCUUACUGGGAUGCAGAAGCUGCUGUGUGAGGACCGGUUUGUCGGCGCUGUGGAGGCGGAGGUCCUGCAGAAGCAGCUGCUGAGCCAGAUGUUGGAGGCCAUCAGAGUCACCCCGUCUCUCCAUGAAGACCUGCAGGUGGAGGUCAUGAAGGUCCUGCUGUGCAUCACCUACUCACCAAACUUUGACAUUAAUGGAGACUCCAUCCUGCGGAUUGCUGAGGUGUGUAUCGAGACCUACGUGUCCAGCUGUCACCAGCGCAGCAUCAACACGGCCGUCAGAGCCACUCUGAGCCAGAUCCUGGGAGACCUGACUCUGCAGCUGCGACACAGACAAGAGGGCGCAGAUGGAGAAGAGGCCAGUGCGCCGCCGCUGCAGAGGAAAGACAUUUCUCCCACCAGUCAGGCUCUGUGUGAAGAUGUGGUGACGGUUCUGACGGUUUUCUGUGAGAAGCUGGAGUCAGUGGACAGCCAUAACCAGCUCCUGCAGCUGCUCUACCUGGAGAGCAUCCUCUCCAUGCUCAGCAGCUGUCCACCCACCAUGCACCUGUCCAGAGGUUUUACCGAGCUUGUGUGGAAGCAGCUUUGUCCGUCUCUCGUGGCAAUCAUGGGAAACCCUGUCAAUGACAAAACCAUCGCCUCCCACCACAGUCACCUGGUGGCGCCAGAGCGCGAGCGGCUGAGUUUAGGAAUCGGCCCGGAGGUGGACUCGUGCGCUGGAGGCGUGUCGGAUCAGGGCAGGGGGUCCGGCUGCUCGUCCAGCGCCCCGGCCCGCAUCGCACCCGUGGUCCGGACAGUGUGCUACAUCGCAGCGGAGCUGGUGCGUCUGGUGAGCUGCGUGGAGUCCAUGAAACCGGUUCUGCAGUCGCUCUAUCACAGGAUCCUGCUGUACCCGCCUCCUCAGCACCGGACCGAGGCCAUCCGCAUCAUGAAGGAGAUUCUGGGCAGCCCUCAGCGGCUCUAUGACCUGGCCGGGCCGUGUGUAGCUGAACCCGAAACCCGGAAGCGCUCCUUCUCCAAGAGGAAGUCCCACCUGGACCUGUUGAAGCUCGUGAUGGACGGCAUGACGGAGGCCUGCGUGAAGGGCGGCAUCGAGGCGUGCUACUCGUCGGUCUCCUGCGCCUGCGCUCUGCUCGGCGCUCUGGAUGCGCUGUCCAAGGGCCACGGCCUCCAAGCUGAGCAGGCACGGCUUCUCCUCCGGCGCCUGGAAAAUCUGAAGGAUGAGACGGAGUCGACCCGCGAGUCCAUGGAGAUCAACGAGGCCGACUUCAGGUGGCAGAGACACAUCCUGUCCUCUGAGCAGGCUUCCUGGGCCAACGCGGCCGCUGGCGCCGCCGAGCGCAGCCCCGACAUUAGCAUCAGCAUCACCACGGAAACCGGCCACACGACCCUGGAACUGGACGUGGGGGAGCUCGGCCUCGGACUGAACCGCACCACCCCCGAGGAGUGUGGGGAGGACGUCCGGCGCCCCGAGUCUUUACCCUGUGGGGUCCAGGAAGGAAGCAAGCCUGAGCCCGGCCUCGAGCCGGACCACGGGAGCCCCCGGGAGGAGCACGGGGGAGGAGCAGAGAAGCAGAGAGCAGCGGGGGGAGGGGCGGCUCCUCCAGACGUGGUGCAGCGGAGUCAUGGCCUGGUCUAUCCGGACAUCACCAACUUCCUGUCUGUGGAGUCCAGAGCCAGGUCCCACCACGGGCCCGGGUCCCGCUACAGCGAGAGCAACUUCAGCACGGAGGAGCAGGACCUGUCCCGCACCGAGUUCGACUCCUGCGACCAGUACUCCAUGGCUGCAGAGAAGGACUCGGGCCGCUCCGACGUGUCCGACAUCGGCUCUGACAACGUGUCGCUGGCGGACGAGGAGCAGCAGACGCCGCGCGACUGCCCCGGCCACCGCUCGCUGCGAACCGCCGCCCUGUCCUUCAAGCUGCUCCGCAACCAGGAGGCCGACCAGCACAGCGCCAGGCUGUUCGUCCAGGCGCUGGCCGCGCUGCUGCCCCGGCUGCUGGCGCUGCCCACCGCCAGCGAGGUGGACGCCGCGCUGCAGAGCUUCUCCUCCAGCUUCUGCUCGGGGCUGCAGGCGGGUGGGGUCCACUCUCCCGGCUUCGAGGCCGGCGACACCCUGAGCUGUCAGUCGCUGAUGAACGCGGACGGCCUCUACCUGGUGUCUUACUACGCUCUGCUGCUCAACCUCAAACUCUGCUGCUGCGACUUCUACCGGCGCCGGACCCUCACGCCCGCGCUCAGCCCGAAGGACUUUGUGCGUCUGAGCCAGAGCAGCGGCCUCCGAGUGGUUCUGUCUGAGGCCUGGAUGGAGGAGCUGUACCAGCAGGUGUUGGAGCGCAGCCUGCUGGCCGACGCCGGCUACUGGGGCUCGCCGGAGGACCGCGCGCUGCCGCUCAUCACCAUGCUGACGGACAUCGACGGUCUGGGCAGCAGUGCGAUUGGAGGUCAGAUGAUCAGGAGGACGUCCAGCCAGUCGCCGCUCAGCUGGGACAAAGCCAGCAGCGACGCAGCGCUCGCAGGAGCUGCCUUCUCGCGCUUCAUCCUCACCGGCGUGUGGAAGAACCUGAUCGACGUGCUGUCCACGCCGCUGACGGGCCGCAUGGCAGGGAGCUCCAAGGGCCUGGCCUUCAUCCUGGGAGCUGAGGGCGUGAAGGAGCAGAGCCAGAGGGAAAGAGACGCCAUCUGCCUGAGUCUGGACGGGCUGCGCAAAGCCGCGGCGCUCAGCUGUGCCCUGGGUGUCGCCGCCAACUGUGCGUCAGCUUUAGCCCAGAUGGCUGCAGCCUCCUGUGUGCAGGAGGAGAAGGAGGCAGGCGGUGCAGGGAUCAGCGCUGCCAAGGCCGUGUGCACGCUGUCCACACAGGCUGACAGGUUGUUUGAAGAAGCUGCCACCAAGCUGAACCUGGUGGGUCUGGUCGGGUUCCUGCAGCAGCUCAGGAAAGCUUCGCAGUCGCAGCUGUUUGACUGUGUGACUGAGACUGGAGACUAUUCGCUGGUGAUGCCAGGAGAGGCCAAGUCCACGCUGGAGCGCCGCUGCCCUCUCCACCUCUUCCGUCUGGGCGAAGCCAUGCUGAGGAUUGUGAGGAACAAGAAGCGCCCUGCGCUCCACAUGAUGCGCGCCUGGAGCGUGGUGGGGCCGCACCUGGCGGAGGCUGCGUGUCACAAAGAGCGACAUGUUUCCCAGAAGGCCGUGUCCUUCAUCCACGACAUUCUGACGGAGGUGCUGAUGAGCUGGGCCGAGCUGCCACACUUCCGCUUCAACGAGGCCUUGUUCAGGCCCUUCGAGCACAUCAUGCAGCUGGAGCUGUGCGAUGAGGACGUGCAGGACCAGGUGAUAACAUCCAUCGGGGAGCUGGUGGAGAUGUGCUCUCCUCAGAUUCUGUCCGGAUGGAGGACUCUGUUCAGCGCUCUGAGAACAGUCCACAGCAGCAAAACCGAUGCCAAAGACUACCUGCUGGGAGAGUACUCCAUGGGGAAGUCCCAGGCCCCGGUGUUCGACGUCUUUGAGGCUUUUAUCAACACAGACAACAUCCAGGUUUUUGCCAACGCAGCCACAGACUACAUCAUGUGCCUCAUGAAGUUCAUUAAAGGCUUAGGAGAGGUGGACUAUAAAGAGAUCGGAGACUGCGUCCACGCGUCGGCCUACAGCUCCACCGACCUCUGCCUCCCUGCGCUCGACUACCUCCGUAAAUGUUCCCAGCUGCUGGCUAAGAUCUACAAGAUGCCGUCCAAGCCGGUGUUCCUGGGGGCCCGGCUGGCCAGCCUGCCCGCGAGGUCGCAGGAGCGCUCCAUCAGCAGCGAGGACGGGAUGGACUGUGUCCUCCAGGAGUUUGACGACGACACGGGUCUCAUCCAGGUGUGGAUUCUGCUGCUGGAGCAGCUGACGGCAGCAGUGUCCAACUGCCCCCGCCAGCACCAGCCUCCGACCCUGGAGCUGCUCUUCACUCUGCUCAGGGAGGUCACCAACGUGCCAGGUCCCGGCUUCGCCAUCUUCUGCGUCAUCCAGCUGCUGCUUCCUGUGAUGUCACUGUGGCUGCAGCGGAGCCACGGAGACCACUCCUACUGGGAUGUGGCGGCGGCGAACUUCAAACACGCCAUCGGCCUGUCGUGUGAGCUGGUGGUGGAGCACGUCAACAGUUUCAUUCGCUCAGAUAUUGGCUACGAGUCUCUCAUCAACCUGAUGCUGAAGGAUCUGUUCAAGCUGCUGGUGGCCUGUGUGUCUGAACCUGCAGAGACCAUCUCCAGAGUGGGCUGCUCCUGCAUCAGGUACGUGUUGGUCACGGUGGGGCCCGGUUUCACGGAGGAGAUGUGGAGGUUGGCCUGCUGCGCCCUGCAGGACGCCUUCUCCGCUACGCUGGAGCCUGUUAAGAACCUUCUCGCCUGCUUCCACAGCGGCUCAGACAGCUUUUCUGGAGACGCCUGUGAGGUGAAGGUGGCGGCUCCAUCCCACUCCCCUUCGGCCGAAGCAGAGUACUGGAGGAUCAAAGCUAUGGCUCAGCAGGUCUUCAUGCUGGACACGCAGUGUUCCCCGAAGACGCCCAGCAACAAGGACGGCUUCGAACACGCGCAGUCGUGUGUUCUCAUCAUCGAGCUGCCGUCGGAUCAGCAGUCCAACGGACACGCUCAGAGGAGAAAAAUAGGGAUCCCGUUCCGGACCAUCGUGGUGAGCCUGCUGUCCCAUCAAGUGCUGCUCCAGAACCUGUCCGACAUCCUCCUGGAGGAGUUCGUCAAGCAGCCGGAAGGUCAGGAAAGAGUCACACCCGUGACCUCCGACCCCAGCAGAACCACCGCUGGGUUCCUGCGCUACAUCUCGAUGAACAAUUUAGCCAUAAUCCUGGACCUGCUGCUGGACUCCUACAGGACAGCACGAGACUUCGACACCCGCCCGGGUCUGAAGUACCUGCUGAUGAAGGUGUCGGGUAUUUGUGGAGCUGCGAACCUGUACCGGCAGUCUGCUAUGAGCUUCAACCUGUACUUCCAGGCGCUGCUGUGCGCCAUCCUGGGCCAGACGGACGCUAUGACGGCACAGCAGGUGAAGAGGAUGCUGUAUGAGGAGGAGGAGGGCAGCUCGGACUCGUCUCAUCCUGGAUCGGCCUCUUCAGAGGAUGAAGACAUCUUUGAAGAGACAGCUCAGGUCAGCCCCCCCCGUGGUCGGGAGAAACGCCACCACUGGCGCGCCCCCAUCCCGUCGCUCAGCGUGCAGCCGCUGGGCAGCGCCGACUGGGCCUGGCUCGUCAAGCGCCUCUACAAGCUGUGCAUGGAUCUGUGCAACAGCUACAUUCAGAUGCACCGGGACCUGGAGAGCACGCUGGAGGAGACGGCGCUGCUGAGGGGACAAGCGGGUGGAGGCGACCACAUCUUCUUCCUGCCUCUCUUUCAGUCGGAGGCGUCCACCCCGACGUCGGCGGGCGGGCUCUCUGUGAGGGGGACGCCGUCGGAGGAAGGCGGGUACCGGAGCCAGGCAGCCGACAUGAGUGCAGCGUCGCCGGGAGACACCCCCACACCCAGUCCCAGCUUCAGCUGCACAGGGAGCCUGCCUCACCACUUCCGGUCCGGAGGAGAAAGGAGAGACUCCAGCAUCACGGCGAGCUCGGUCGGAGGAGGAGCUCCGGGGCGGAGAAAGGAAUGGUGGGAAAGUGCCGGCAACAAGCUCUACACCAUCGCCACAGACAAAACGCUCAGCAAGCUGAUGAUGGAGUACAAGCGCCGGAAGCAGCAGCAGCAGCAGCCCCAGCAGAGCCACGUCAACCUGUUUAUGAAGGAGCAGGGCCGCGCCUCGGCUGCAGCCGCUGGGGAGCGCAGGGGCCCCGCCGAGCCCCAGAGGCCGCUGCAGAGACCGCAGCAGCUGGUGGACCAGCAGGGGCCGCCGCUGAGGCACUCGGUCAGCGCGGGGCCCGAGGUCCUGAGGCAGGAGAAGAGGCCGCGCUCGGGCUCCACCGUCAGCUCCCACAGCAUCUCACUGAGGGACUCCGAGGCUCAGAUCCAGGCGUGGACCAACAUGGUGCUGACGCUCCUCAACCAGGUCCUGCUGCUGUGCGACUCCUCCUUCCUGGCUCUCCAGCCGGCGCUCUACCCCUGCCUCAGCCAGCUCAGCUGCCACGUGAGCGACGCCAGAGUCCGGCAGGCGUUGCGCGAGUGGCUGGGCCGCGUGGGCCGCCUCUACGACAUCACGGCGUGAGGCGGGAGGCAGGAGGUGUGAGGCGGGAGGUGGGAGGUGGGAGGCAGGAGGGAGGAGGCGUGACGCGGGAGGCAGGAGGCGUGAGGUGGGAGGCAGGAGGGAGGAGGGAGGAGGCGGGAGGGGACGGCGCUGGAAGUGAUUUCCCCUCACAUUUCACUCAAUGGAAAACGUGUUGUUAAGUUUGAGCACGUGCUGUGACUUCUGGGUAUUGUAGUCCACACACGGUUUGUUCCUCACUUCAUUGUCACUGCCUGUUGAACCACUGGGAUGUUCACAUGCAGCUGCUCGUAUGAGGCUGGUUCUUCACUGUCUGUUGCUGCUUUGACGCUUUAAAUGCAGGUUGAGUCAGUCGUCCUCCUCCGUGUGAGCGUCAGCCCUCGCAGGGUUAAACCUUUGUGUUUAGCAGGUUCAUAUAUUCAUGUCAAUGUCUAAUGAUUUAAAAAUGCUUUGAGCCUCAUGAAUCAUUGUCUUUAAUCAUCAGAUUAAAUCCACUUGAUUUUCUUUAUAUUCAAUUUACUGCAAGUCCUUCAAGUUUCAUUUCAACAUCCAGAAAGGAAAAAUAAGACGUUGACCAAACCACCAGACAAACGUUUCCAAAGAGCACAAAUCUGAUGGCGCAUGGAUUUUUAAUGGAAGGAGUGACUUUUCAUUCCUGAUUGGCCAAAUCAGAAGCAUCCUGAAAUUGAAGGCUCCAUCGAAGACCAGUGAGGCCAUAACGGGCCUGUGGGAGGAAGUCGUUCGUUCCUUUGCAUCAUGUUCAGUUGUCAGACUCGGUCUCAUUCUAUUAUUAAUAAACGUGUCUUUUUUUAACCCUUUGUGCCGACAUGCGUCCAGAUCUGUGUCACUUCCUUAUUUCUCUGAAUAUGUCCAGUGCUGCGUUUAUAAUCUCGGCCCCCCGUCGUCCCUGACCCGUCCUUGGGGUUCGGGGGUCAGUGGACAGAUGUUCAUCCAUCGUUGUGAGUUUAGUGAUGAGUCCGUGAUGUGUCUGUGUGACGGUGUCGUGCAGCAGUUCUCCACCAGUGUCGCACUGUGUCUGCUCCUCAGGCUCACAUCUGUCCACAUCCAUGCAUGCUGGAUGCUCUAUAGGGAAACUGGUCCUGAUCCGUCCAUUGUCGCAUUCCGCCAGCGCCUUUAAGUUGUUAAUCCUUUGAUUGCUUUCUGCCAGUGGAACAGCUUUGUCUCAAGCGCAGCUCUGUGAUCAUUUACACUCGAGCCGUGAGCAGUGAGUGUCUAAUUGUGCUGUUGGGAGAUUAAAGGCUCCAGGCAGAUGGAGCGGCGCUGACCUACUGUGAGUUGGGCUGUGAACGGAGGAGCGAGCCCUGAACGGCUGCGUGUCUCCUCAUGGGUGGACUUCAGAGGGUUUAGCUUUGUGACUGAUGGAGUCUGAGGGCGUAGGAGUGAGACAGAACAGCUCUCAAACUGCUGACAAAGCGAGCGAAUGACCCAGACACUGACACAGAUACGAGGGGGAGAAGCAGCGGACGGAGGGUGAGAGGAGACGCUCUACGAGAAUCUACUGGACAUGCGUCAUCGGCGCCUCUGACGCCUUGUUUUCAUAUUUAUCUGCUUCUUACUUAUUCAUUUAAAUAAACCUCCUAAUCCUCACGGCUCCUGUUUAAAUCACAUUAAAUGACAUGUUUCUGCGUUUCGUCUUCGGACUUUUGCUCAACUGGAAAGUUUCAACUUUCCCAACCAGAAAAACUGGAUCUCCGGACAAGGAGCCAGGGUGUGAACACAACACAGUGCCCACAAACACACAUUUCUCAGUGUUUGCCUCCAUUUGACUGAGAAAAUCUCACUGAUGUGCAAAUCAGCUGAUUCGCCACCACCGGGUUUUCACAUCACUAGCAGUUUCCUUGAAUGUUCCACCUGAGAUCAUCUGUGAUGUGUAAAUGCUUCAACCUGCUCAAAGCUUUUCUCUUCCUGCGUGUGUCUCGUGGUUGUCGUCUUCUCGCUUCCCAUUAGCAGCCAAUCAUUUGUCUUAGUUUUGUGUACUGAAGCCACGGACUCUGCUGGGGUCGUGUUGUGGUGCGUUCAAGGUCCUGACUGUGUCUCAUCGUCCUAAAGGUUGUAUUGGUGGACGUUCAGAUCACUUUCUCGGACUGAGUCAUGCAGAAACGGCGUUGUUACUUUUGAUGUCUCUGUUUGUUCUGCUCCAUUAAUUCAUCUUCACGCUCAAACAGCUGUGUUGUUGUGCAGCUGUAAAUCCUCCCAUCAGGACCGGUGACGUGACUCCUCUCAGCUGGACACAAGCUCUGUCUGCUGCCCUCAUUUCUUCCCUCCCCUCCUCCCCCACGGCUUUAUUUCAGCCUGAUCACUUGGUCUCUGCAGCCAGUGUCCCUCGGAGCUGUCAGCAGCCUCGCGCUCGUCUCUCAGACCCUGUGGCCCCCGCCUCCGGCUGGGCUUCGGACCCGCUCCAUCAUGAGAUCUCUGCUGGAGAGCAGCUGGAUGAAGUUCGGCCCGGCCGGCCGCGACUCUCUGGACUGGUCGCCCGGCCCAUCGGCUCUGCCGUCCUCCGACAGACAGGGCCAGAGCUCAGGUGAAGCCAUCUUUACUGCCAGAUCCAUCACCUACAUCACCGUCGCCAGCGUCUCCUUCCUCCUCUUCCUCGUCAGCAUCCUGGGCUUCCUGAUCUGGCGUCGACGGCGAGGAUACAGCCUCAGCGGCAAGCUGGGCCUGGCCAACGUGAUCGCCCUGGAGGACCUGCAGGACCCAGAGAGGAACUGCGAGCUGCUGUCGUCCCUCCGGCGCAGCAGGGGGCAGCACCAGCUCCCCAGCUCCAGCUCUGAGCAGGACGUGAGCGACGGCGUGUUCCUCAUGGUCUACCUGCCCUCGCCCUACGAACACACGCUCACCAGGAUCGCCCGAGCCGCCAGCACCAGCAGCUCUAAGGACAUGGAGCUGCUGCCGCCGAGUCCUGGACCCGAGACCGGAGACGGGGACGACAGGUCGAGGCUCAAUCACGAGGCAUCCGUCAAAGAGGAAGUCAAGAACUGAAUGCAAACCUGAGCGGGUCACGAACCCCAGCCUGACGUUCAGCCCUUUGUGUUGAUGUGUAGAGACGCUCGGAUGCCGGCGAGGAAACAGUUCGGAUUCAUCUGAGUCAAAUCCAGAGCGCAUCAUCUCUCUACUAAUUGACCUUCCUUUACCUUGAACUACCGACCACCAGCGCUUCCAGUUCCAGGAGCGUCCAUGAAGCCCGGCGGCUCCUCGCCGAGGUCCUGAGACGAGCUGAGCUUCUGCUGCUUGGCUCGUGUACAUUAGACCGAAAGACUGUUUUUUACUACUGUAUCUGUAGGAGUCGUAUGAGAUAAUCACAGUCAGGCUUUAUUUUUAAUAUCUCUUUGUAUUUAACUCUUAUUUGGAUGUGUGAUAUUGGAAACUAUUUAUUAUUUAUUCUGUUAUAUGCAGUAAAUAUAUUUCUUGUGUAGCUAACAUCAUUGUUAAAUAAAUAAAUAAACGCCUGAGGACUGA